UUUACUUCGCGUUUUUCACUUUUCUCACCUCUCACAGCUCUCACUCUCUCUUUCGGACAUCGAACUUCAACAGCAUGGAUUGGCAAGGGCAAAAACUGUGCGAGCAAUUGAUGAUGAUCAUGUUAUUAGGUUUCUCAAUUUUGGGGUUCAUUGCUGGUUAUUCAAAAGGUUCUUAUCAAAUGAUGCUUCUUGUUUAUGCUGCUGGUGUUGUUAUUACUACUUUGAUUUCAGUUCCUAAUUGGGGUUUUUAUAAUCGCCAUCCUUUGAAAUGGUUGGAUCCAAUUGAAUUUGAAAACAGCCCUAAACCUGAGAUCUUAGUUUCCAAGAAAAAGGUCACUAAAUCUGUUAAGAAAUAGUAGAAAUUUGUUAGCUUUUGAUGCUUUAAUAAUGUUGUUAGACUGAAAAUUCAGAUAAUUCUCGUUCAUUUCUAUAUUUUGAAAUCUGAGGUUUUUUUUGUUGGUUUUGAAUUUUUAA